UGACAACAAACAAUUCCGCACAGAUAGCAAGCUAGUCUAGCUAGCUAAAAUCCGAAAUAACAUAACGCUAGGUCAUCUUUUUUUUUUUUUUUGCAGUUAUCCAAUAGCAUAUGUAGGUGAAUGUAGCUCGCUGGCGUUUUAUGUUGGUAACUAGCUACUAAAACAGUGGCUAGCUAACUAGCACUAGCUAGCUAAACUUCUGUACAGUGAAACCUUCUGUAGUCAACUAGAAAGCUACUGCUACUGUACCAGCCAGAUAACCAGGGUAGCUUGCAAAACGAAUGCCAUCUUUGUAAAAUUACCAAUUACAUUAGUUUUUGACAUAUUUUCGAAAGUUUUGUAGGGUGUGAUGGAGCAUGUGCAUCUUGCUGGAGAGGAGGAGGAUGACCUGUACUCGGGCUACAAUGACUACAACCCAACGUUUGACUCGGAGGAGCUUGACAAUGAUGCUGGUUUCCAGCAGGCUGUCAAAACCAGUCAUGGUAGAAGACCUCCAAUGACUGCUAAGUUCCCAGGCACUGCAAUUGGAGGACGACCUUUGGGGACAGCUUUUGGAUCCAGGAUUCCCAUGGCCUCUUCUAUGGGUCGACCCAUGACAGGAGCUGUACAGGAUGGAGCGGCCAGGCCUAUGACUGCUGUUAGAGCUGCCGGCUACACAUCAACCAUGAGCAGAGGUUCGACCUUUGACCCUCUGGGUCAGUCCAAGGGACCCGCCCCCCCUCUGGAGGCCAAAAAUGAGGAUACGCCUGAGGAGAAGAACAAGCUCCUGGAGAAGAACGUGAAUGAUCUGAUCGAGGAGAGCUGCCUGGCUCACGGCCGAGGGGACCUGCAGCUGUCUCUGGAGAAGGCCAAAGAAGCAGGUCGAAAGGAAAGAGCUCUUGCGAGACAGAGAGAGCAGUCAGGCAACGCUGACCACAUCAACCUGGACCUCACCUACUCUGUUCUGUUCAACUUGGCGACCCAGUAUGGUAACAAUGAGAUGUACCCAGAAGCCCUGAACACGUACCAGGUCAUUGUGAAGAACAAGAUGUUCACUAACGCAGGAAGGCUAAAAGUCAACAUGGCCAACAUCUACUUCAAGCAGAAGAACUACCCCAAGGCUAUCAAGUUCUACCGCAUGGCCCUGGACCAGAUCUCCAACGCCCACAAGGAGAUGAGGAUCAAGAUCAUGCAGAACAUCGGCAUCGGCUUCAUCCGUAUGGGCCAAUACUCGGAUGCCAUCACCUCCUUUGAACACAUCAUGAGCGAAAGCCCAAACAUCAAGACGGGCUUCAACCUCAUCCUGUGCUACUACGCCAUCGGAGACAGGGAGAGGAUGAAGAAGUCCUUCCAGAAGCUCAUCUGCGUUCCUCUGGGCAUCGAUGAGGAAGACAAGUACAUCCCCACCAACGACGACACCAAAGCCAACCUGGUGAUCGAAGCGAUCAAGAACGACAAGCUGCACCAGAUGGAAAGAGAGCGGAAAGCCUUGGCUGAGAAGUUCAUCAUGACGUCUGCCAAGCUCAUUGCUCCAGCCAUCGAGACAUCCUUUGCUGCUGGGUUUGACUGGUGUGUGGAGAUGGUGAAGAGUUCCCAGUACGUGGAGUUGGCCAAUGAUCUGGAGAUCAACAAAGCCAUCACCUACCUCCGACAGAGGGACUUCAACCAAGCUGUGGAAACCCUGAGGACCUUUGAGAAGAAAGACAGCCGAGUGAAGAGCGCUGCUGCCACCAACCUCUCCUUCCUGUUUUUCCUGGAGAAGGACUACGCCCAGGCGGACCGCUACGCCGACCUGGCCAUGACGGCGGACCGCUACAACCCGGCCGCGUUGAUCAACAAGGGCAACACGGUGUUCGUGAGGCAUGACUACGCAAAGGCUGCUGAGUUCUACAAGGAGGCCCUCAGGAACGACUCCUCCUGCACCGAGGCCCUGUACAACCUGGGUCUGACCUAUAAGCACCUGGUUCGUCUGGAGGAGUCUCUGGACUGCUUCCUCAAACUGCACGCCAUCCUCCGGAACAGCGCUCAGGUUAUGCACCAGCUGGCCAGCCUCUAUGAGAAGCUGGAGGACCCCCACCAGGCUAUCGAGUGGCUGAUGCAGUUGAUCAGCGUGACGCCCACAGACCCCCACGUGCUGGCCAAGCUGGGGGAGCUGUAUGACAGCGAGGGAGAUAAAUCCCAGGCCUUCCAGUACUACUAUGAGUCGUUCAGAUACUUCCCCUCCAACAUGGAGGUGAUAGAGUGGCUGGGAGCUUACUACAUCGACACCCAGUUCUGUGAGAAGGCCAUCCAGUACUUUGAGAGAGCCACACUCAUCCAACCCACCCAGGUGAAGUGGCAGCUGAUGGUGGCUAGCUGUUACAGGAGGAGUGGAAACUAUCAGAGAGCUCUGGAGACAUACAAAGACAUACAUCGGAAGUUCCCAGAGAAUGUUGAAUGUCUUCGUUUUCUGGUGAGGCUGUGCACAGACAUGGGGCUGAAGGAGGUCCAGGACUAUGCCACCAAACUGAAGAAAGUGGAGAAGAUGAAGGAAAUCAGAGAGCAGAGGGUGAAGUCGGCCAGGGAGGGCAGUGCCAGGGGCCGCAGAGAGGGCAGUGCCAGUAGUGAUGUGGAAAACAAAGCAGUGUCGGUCUCUGAGACUAAACACAGUCCAGUUCUGGAGCCAGGCAGAGACAGCGGGCAGAGCAGCCAUGGUGCCAGUGCCAAAGGAGAGCGUCUGAGCGCCAGGCUGAGGGCGCUGCCCGGCGCCAACGAGCCCUACGAGGCCAGCAGCCAGAGAGACAUAGAUGCCUCCUACGUGGACCCUCUGGGGCCACAGAUGGAGAGACCGAAGACUGCGGCCAAAAAGCGCAUGGAAGACGAUGAGUUUGCGGAUGAGGAGCUGGGAGAGGACCUCCUGCCAGAGUAGCCCGCCACCUCCUCUCCCAGAGAGGAGCACGCUCCAGCACACCACGUGACACCUCCACAGCACUGACACGGGCCAACUGAAACGAUACGUUUUCCUUAUGUGACUCUAAAGGCAUUCAUCAGCUGGAAGGCAUCAAUGGAAAUUCUGUCAUCAUUAUAUCUAUAGAGCUCCAUGUAUCAUAGAAGAGUCAGUCAUCAUAUUUCAUGGAAUGCUUGAUACAGUUUAUAUUAGUUGUAACAAAUGGAUUAUUUAUUGUGUGUGAGUAUAUUUUGUGUAACUUUGAGUGAAGUUACAGCAACAGUUCUUGAUUGUCUUUUUCUUAUUUUCUUAUGCAAGAUCAAAUGUUAUUUUUCAAUCACAAGUCAGUUCGUUUUUUCUACUCAAGGACUUGUUAA